AUGGAUUCGAAGCCUACUAUGUUUGCUUCAGCGCUCGCCGGAAAGACUAUCGACUUUACCAAUACCUUCACAAUUGUCCUCGAAGACGCAGGGAAACGCUACGUUGUCUAUACCAACCCGUUCUGUACAGAAUCUCUUUUCUUCAAGCGGAGUCUCGAACAAGGCUUUGCUGAAGCGCAAACCAGGGAAGUAGUGGUCAGAGAAGAGCAGGAUGACGAAACUUUCCAGCAUUUGGUCAACUGGGUCUACGGUGGCACGUCAACGCUACGAGGCGGUUCAUCUUCUCCGCUAAUCAAGUCUGUCAAUCUCAAUGGAACGCAGCUGACAAAGCUCUACAUCCUUGCUGAUAAAUUUCUGAUGGGCAAUCUCAAGAAUGACAUUGUAGAUCGGUUCCGAUCUUUUCAGACAGGACAGAUCAUGGAUCUACAAGCACUAGAGAUGAUGCUACAAAGAGGGCCAGACUCCUGCCAGUUGAAACGACUUAUGAUAGAGUACAUUGCGUCGAAAUUCUACCACGAAGCCCGCAACUCCAGCGACUGGUGGACCACAAAAGACAAGGCAACAUUUCAAGCUCAACUGAAAACAAUAUUUGAGCGACAUCACGGCUUAGCAUUGCUUGUCCUGACGACGACAAUAAACGUCGACAAGCGUACUUUACAUGACCGGAGCAAAUGCGUGUAUCAUGAGCAUCCGAAAGGAUUUGAGAAGUGCAGCAAAAAGAAUUUAUGGGGUCCAUCGUAA